GAUGGCGGCCCCCACGGUGCUAGCGGGCGUACGAGCUGUGAAAAAAGCCAGACAAGUCAUUUCACCCCGAGCUGCUUUGGUGCUGACCCCUGCAGCAGUAAACAGGAUAAAACAACUACUUAGUGACAAACCUGAGUUUAUUGGUUUAAAAAUUGGGGUGAAGAGCAGGGGUUGCAAUGGUCUCUCAUACACCAUUGAAUAUGCCAAGGAGAAGGGGAAGUUUGAGGAAGAAGUCAAACAAGAUGGUGUUCGAGUGAUUAUUGAUCAGAAGGCCCAACUGACUCUCUUGGGGACAGAAAUGGAUUUCCUGGACUCAAAACUCUCCAGCGAAUUUGUUUUCAACAACCCCAAUGUGAAAGGGACGUGUGGCUGCGGAGAGAGCUUCACAGUCUGAAACCUGAAGGACUGAGGCUUUAGCACAGGGAGUGAUAGGGUACCAGGAAUAAACUGUUUCAUCGUGACAUUUAUUGUGUGGUGGAAUUCAAGUAAGCAGCCAAACGUCAGAAAUAUCUUCAGUGGAAUAACUUAGGUGGGGGGAGUGAUCAUUUUGCUCAGGUCAGAUUCUGAGGACUUGGCUAUAACUUCUUUAACUAGCUUCAGUACGUUUUUCAGUUUCUACUUUUACAUGCACAAGCAGUCAAUGCUUUUGAAAUGAAUUAUUUUGAAUCUGAAAAUAAAUGUGCAACUUUGAUAUGCCAAUCUCAGGUUAGAAGAAGUCAAAGCUUCUGAACCUUUUCAGUUGAAUCUGAUUAAAACACCAACUAGAUUACUGCUCCAGACUGGUUUACAUGCAGGAUAUAGAGUCUUUGGGAAUUGAUUACUCAGAAAGGCAGCUUAAUUCAGAUUAGAUUGUAUAUGUAAACUUGGCACUUUUCUCCCUGGGUCAUUUGCAUUGAACUAGAGAUCACCUCGUAGUUAGUACAGAGGACAGGGCUAACAGUAGUCUGCAAGAUAGCACCAAUUGCAAUGAGCUAACUAAUACUAGCUAGUACGCUGUUUAGCCCCUAGAUCCGUACUAAAUUCAGAAGUGCAUUGCAAUUGACUCCCUGAGUGUAUUGCGGAGUUUGGUUGUUCUGCUCAUUCCUACUGUCUGCACAUCAGCACUACCAGUUUGGCAUAGCUCUCUCCUCCCUCCUGAAUAUACAUAUGAUACAUCCGUCAGAAUAAGUCAAAUCUAACGAGUACGUGCCGUAUUUAAAUAUAAUAUAAAAAGAUGUAUAGAGACUUCAUGCACUUUCAUUGUGUACUGUAGUUAUUCCAUGAACGAGGAUGGGCUAGUAAGUGAGUGGAUUUAUUUUUCUAUUAAGUAGUGGUAUAUUAUGAGUGUUCAUGCAGUACUGUAGUUAGUCCACCAAUAAACCCAUAUCACAGUGUUUGUUUUUGUAUUGUCCUGGGGCCCAUUUUCUAAGAGAAUUAAAACAAAAAUAGCAUCAUAAAACAACUUAGUUGCAGAAAGGGGCCAUUCAAUUAUGGUUUGCAUCGUUUCUUGCUCGCUUUGUACCAUCAAAGUGAUUGUAUUCCUCUCUUUGUAGUUACUUCAAAAUAGUGCCCAUGAUGUUCAUUAUCUCAACAGGAUGCUGUUACACUGGACAAAGAAAUACAUGUACUAGAUGUCUUUGAUUCUCAGUUGCACUGAAACUGUAAAUACAGCAGAUCAGAUUCCCGAAUCUCAGGUGCAGAUACAUAGCAAAAAUAAAAAUACCUAAA